GACAGACAGUGGUUGACAGAGUUUGUGAAGCUCGAUUGACUCAGAUGAGUUACAGAUCCUGAGGUUAACUGUCUGUGACCGCUGCUGUCAGGCAGGUGUGCUCUCUACACUGCAAUAAGACUGAGCUGGUGAGCUGUACCCAGGGGUUGCCAGUGUACCAGGCCAGCUAGUUGUUUUGGGUGGCAGGAUGCCCGGGGUGGAGAGUGGCUCAGGUGGUCUGGCUGAUGACGAGGUGGUCCUGGAGGCCCUGAAUUGUUUCUGCAGCUCCUCAGAACAGACCUACGACCAGUUCCUGUCCUCCUUCACACACCUGACUCCAGGGAGUGCUGGGAGUGGACACACGACUCUGCCCUCCGGACCCAGUCAUCUCUCUAGGGAGAUGGAGAGAUCAGGGGAGAGGAGGAGGAAUGGAGAAGAGGAUGCAGAGGAAGAGAGGAGAGGACAGCAGAGUGUCUGUGUCCUGCCUGCUGAUCAGGAGGAGAUGGAGCUAGGUGCUGGAGUGACUGUGGGCAGCUGUGGAAAUGGAGACUGUCGUCCACCAGGCAUAACUCUCAAGCUGGAUAACUACCUGGAUGUUGGGGACUUCAGUGAGGAGGAAGGAGAUGUAACUGCUGACCCAGAUUGUGGGGUUCGGGUUCUACCAGGGGAGGUAGAGGAGGAACUCCCUGCCUACCUGCCCUCCUUCUGUCACCUGACCCAGCUGGACCUGACCUCCACAGGCAGGAGGACGGGGACACGGCCGGGGACACAGGGACAGCAGCAGGACACGCCACCACAGAGACAGAGUGACAGUGAAGAGGUUUUGCCUUUCAACCUGGAUGAGAACUUUGACUACGACAAUGUUGUGCUGUCUAGCAAACAUCUCCUACCGCAGUCCAACACUGGUGAAUGACCUCUGUGCAGGGACCCCUGUCUGGGAGAGCCUUGUGUCAUACCACAUCAAAUUACCCAACUUACCAUUUAACUGGACUAAUAAACCACUCCUGAAAACA